GCUGCGGCCUACGAAAGGAUGGCGCCUUCAAGCAUUAUUUUCAUGGAUCAAAAUGGUCUCCUCACCCCUAAAGAGAAAAAUAAACUUAGAAAGCCAGUGGUGGAGAAAAUGCGUCGUGACCGCAUCAACAGCAGCAUUGAGCAACUGAAACUCCUGCUGGAGAGAGAAUUCCAAAGGCACCAACCGAACUCCAAGCUGGAGAAAGCCGACAUCCUAGAAAUGACCGUGGACUAUCUGAAACAGCAAAGUCAGCUGCAGGCAAAAGUGGUAGGACCUGCUCAUACAGACACGCAACUUGACUUCAAAGAGGGCUACUCCAGGUGCCUGCAGGAGGCCUUCCAGUUCAUGUCACUUCACAAAGUCCACACUGAGACUCAAGCCAAGCUAGUGAGCCAUUUCCAAAGGAACCAGGUCUCCACACCUGAAGUUAUCGGCUCGCCUUCCACCUUGAAGCACUCGUCGUCCAAGAACGUCCACACGCUCUGGAGGCCCUGGUAGACAGCUGGAAAAGGACGGCCAAUGGACUUUCAUUCCAGAGGGAGGGU